UAUCUCCUGCCUGAAGAACUGAUAAUUGACUGGAAUUCAUCUUGUACUAUGAACAUAACAUGUUCUCAUGUAAUACUGAUUCUUAAUUGUGUUUUGUAUAUAGGCAAUCAUUUGGGGAAUGCAUCCAGAUUCUAUUUUGGUGGUUUGUUGUUAUAGCAGCAUAUGAGGCGAUGAAACCAAAUGACAUCAAUUACGUGUAGAAAAAUAUUGUCUUAUUUGGCAAGUAUAGCUAGCAUAAUAAUGGCCCCCAAGAAGAACAGUACCCCCAAGAAGAACAGAACUAAAAACAGGAGGAAAAGAUAUGCAACACAGGAUAGCACUCACUCUCCCAAAGCUACAAAAGUUGAUGGAUCAUAUCAUAUGAAAUUUACUAAUUUCAAAGAAAGUUAUCCUUCAAUAGAGGUCAUGAUCACCAAAUUACCCAGAAAACCAGUAUCAUCAGGCAAGGACUUACAAGUGCCCAUUAAAAGCCCUAGCAGCGAAGCCCUACGGAAAAAGGGAAAUGAAAUUUAUUCACAAGUGUCCAAUGGAUUUUAUGGACCUUGCCUUCUGAGGCACAAAUUGGGGAAAGCCCAUGAAUUAUAUGAAGCAGCCCUUGAUGCUGCAAGCUUGAAUGAUGAAAGUGAAAAAGCUUCAUGCUAUAAAAAUUUGGGUGCAGUGAAUUUGAUAUGGGGAAAAGUAGAAUGGAAGAUCUACAUAGAAGAACAAGAGGGGACUGAAGCUUUAAAAGCCAUAUGGACUGCCAAACGUCAUAUAUCAACGUCUCUUGAAUUUUAUUUAUUGGCCAUUGAAUUUGGAGAACUCCAUGAUACCAAACCAGACACAUGGUUAAAGCAGGCAGAAGAUAGUGUCACGCAAAUCUUGGAGUGGGUAAGGGCCCAUACUGGUUGAGCUAUGUACACUAAUAGACAAUGUGGAGUCCAGCAGCUGUCAAAGGAAAAAGAGAUUAGGAACUGUUCUUUAUAACAUGCAUUCUGAGUUCAUUUUCAAGCAGGGCAUCAAAUGCAUUUGCAGGGAAGGAGAUGGAGGAAUAGAAACUGAACAGACUGGUUACCGACAAUGUCUGAAUGCAAUGAGGGAUUGUUAUCUACCACUAAGUAAAGCAGAAGCCAUUGUCUACACUACAAAAGACGAGGGUUUGAUAAAAGAAUUUGAUAGUAUGAAAGAGCAAGUUCUAUUGUAUCAGUACAUCUGUGAAUCGGUACAAGCUCGUUUUCAGGGUGAUGACUUACUUAUGAAAGCUUUAAUUGAUGAAGAAGUAAUCUGCAUGGAGCUUGUGUGGGAUGCGAUCGACUGGUACAGGCAAUCCAUUUUACUGAGCAGAUAGAAAGACCUAGAGAAUGAAGCCAUGGCACUAAGCCGAAUUGGGAAAGUAUACUCAUCUAUCUUGAAAAACAAAAAGGGGGCACAUCGUUACCAUUUUGAGUGCACCAAAAUCGCCCUUGCCAUCAUGAAUCCGCGUAUAGCAAACUCUGAAUGGAAUAAAUACUCAUCAAUGGAGGUCCAAAAGCACCAGAAAGAAAUUGUGGAUGAAGAGAAAAGAGAGCACGACAAGAAGUAUGAGCUUGAUGCAGAUAGGCUUCAUGAAACAAUUAAUGUGAUCAAGGAGGAAGGGGUCAGGAGUUCGGAGUCUUUCCUGAAGUUCAUUUAUAGUGUGCACACUCAUCCAGAUCCGAAGAAGGGAUUAUUGGGUAGCAUCGCUUCUACUGAAAAAGUUAGAGUAGCUCUCAGAAAAGCCAUAGUUUCAUACCACCCUGAUAACAACGUCCAGUAUGGUAGGGAUUGGCAGGUUCUGUGCGAAGAGAUUACAAAAAUCUUGAAUUGUAAAUAUGAAAUCCACAAGAAAGCAUGACCUUGGAUUUUGAUGUCGUUAGGAAACGCUAACAGAUUAUCAUUACAAGUGCAGAUUUUGAUAUCAUUUAGAAAUGCUAAAAUAUUUUGAAAGGUAAAACAUUAAACCUAUAUGUUAAGAAAAUAUCAUCAGCGAUUUUUAUCUGAUUAUGCUACGCAGUGGACUUAUUCUGAUUCCUCUGUACUCUUAGGAGGAAGAGAACAGUUGAACUCAAUUUUUUGGUGUAAAAGCGUGUUGCUAUGUUUGACUUGAUAUAUUUGUAAGUAUACAAAGCUAUUUUGAUA